GGGGACGCCUACAGACAGGGGCCAAAGGCUCGAUGUCUUCCGCAGAGCGUUUCCCUGGGACUGGUGGCCCUCUUGGCCUCCAAGAAUCUACUUCGCCCGCCACUGCACUGGGCCCUGCUGGCCCUGGCCCUGGCCAACCUGCUCGUGUCUGCUGCCUGCUCCGUGGGCCUCCUCCUAGCUGUGUCACUCACUGUGGCCAGCGGUGGCCGCCGACUUAUUGCGGACUGCCAUCCAGGACUGCUGGAUCCUUCCAUCCCGCUGGAUCGGGGGCCUGGGCACACCGACUGCCCCUUUGAUACCACGAGAAUCUUCGGUACAGCCUUGGCUUUCUGGAUCCCUUCCCUGCUCAUGUCUGCGGCUGAGGCUGCUCUGUCUGGUUACUGCUGUGUGGCUGCGCUCACCCUUCGGGGAGUUGGGCCCUGCAAGAAGGAAGACUUUCAGGGCCAGCUAGAGGAACUGACGGAGCUGGAACCUCCCAAAUGUAAAUGGCAGGAAAAUGUGAAGCUUCUGGAUCAACAUCGUGAAAUCCAGGCAUCGCAGAAAACCUGGGUUUAGGACAGGGUCUUGCUAAAUCACCAAGUCACCCAGGGUUGAUUCCAAUCUGUGAUCCUCCCGCCUCAGCCUCCCAGAGUCCUGGGAUUAUAGACAAUGCGCCACUAGGCCUGGUUUACAGCUGGUUCUUUGCUCUGCUGCUUCCCCCUCAGACCCAGAUGGGUUCUUCUUUUAUCAGCAAGGACUGUUCCAUGGCUUAGACCACAAGUGUUUUUCCACUAAGCCAGGGUCCCCGAUUCUAGGAUGACACAAAUAAUCGUAAUAAAACAAUUUCUUUUGUUC